AAAACCUCAAGUGAAUUUGAUUUUAGUUUUGCUUGCUAGCUAAAUUAUACCUUUUAGCAUUUAGGAUUUUUUUUUUUUACCCUUUCCCAAUAUGACAAAGGUUCCUACAUUAAAAAUAGUGUUGUAAACUCUCUAAAACAGGAAUUAGGCUGUUUUCUCAGGAUGUAGGAAACAAAGUUGUUAGGCUUUAUUUUACUUUUGCCACCAAGAUUUCGAUAGUUGAGUUAGAUAAAUGACCAUUAACAUCGCCAAGGAGUAAGACAGAAAGGUACAAAAAAGAAUCUAAUAUUGAAGUAAAAGGAUGAGGAAGAGAACUUUUCUCUUCCAAACACUUUGGCACUAUUUUAAUCACAACAAAAUUUGUCCAUCCUUUUUUGAGAUUAGGGUAAUGUUUUGAAACAACUUCCUUCAUAACCAUUAUUUGGCAUUGGUUGAGUAGAGGUAGUCCUCACUUUUCAUGGUAGUGUGGGACCAAAAAAAUGGUCAUACAAACUAAAACCUACAUAAUGAUUUUAAUCAUUGGGAAAAAUUACAAUUGUUCUAUGAUCUUUAAAAAUUUUUGUCAAGAUAUUAAAACUUUUAUGUUGGUUAUGAAUGUAUAUAAGGAAAUGAAAAAAAUAGUAAAACUAUAUAAAAAUACAUUUAAUACCAUGUAUUAUAAUACAUUAAAAACAAUGAGAAUUAAAAUGUUUUAUUUCUUUGUAAAAAACUUAUCAAGAGUAGCUUGAACAGUGCUUUGCCAUCUCCUUGUAUAAAUUAGAAUAGUAGAUCUAGCCAGAGUGAGCAUCUUUUCUGUGCCUUGGCAAAUUGUCCAUUUGGAUCAGCUGCCAGCAUUUUAUUUUUGCAUUUUCAAUGUCAGGAAAUAUCUGCAAGAGUUUCUUUAAUGUGAAGUUUUUGCUGGCAUCACUUUCUCAGGGACAUCUUCCUUUUUGUCACAACCACUUUCCUCAUUUAUGUCAGUACCUUCACUUAAUUCUUUCGACUAUGGAUCUAAAAUCUCUCAAACAGUGAUAAUGCAACAUUUCCACAAUUAGCUAUUUCUUCUAUUACUCCAUUUACAUUUGAAUUCACUUUCACUUCCAGCUUUAUCAUUUUUCAUUUCUUUGCUGUACUUUCACCUUUGUCAGCCAAUGCCACCUUUUAGUUAUUUGUUUUGUGAAAUUUCAGGUAGGUUUAGGAGGCAAGAAGGUAACCCAGCUACAUGCUUUGAUAUCUUUAUAGACAGGUGAAUUGAAUGACCAGUCACCAACUAACUUUGGAAGGAAGUGAUCAGUCACUGAUUAUGAUAUACAUCUCUUAUUAACAUAGUACUUUGUAGACUGACAUGCUAGCAAGGAAGUUUGUAUUUAUGCAGUUGUAGUUAAUAUAGUAUGGUAAGUGAAAUGGCAACCAUGUUUUCGGAGACUGGUGUUAUUGAACUAAAUCUAUGAUAGCUGAAAUCUGUGCCCUGGGAAGUAAGGACUGCCUGUAAUUGGAAGAAGGUUGAACUGUUUGAUCAAUUAAAGAUAGGGCCCAUGUUGAUGAGAUUAAAGAUGUAGGGCUAUUUGUACUAUUUGAUCUCUGAGCCAUUGGAACACCUGAUAUAUUUUACAUGGAAGUGGAAAUUUGAUACUGCUCUUCCAGCUUCUUUAAUCCUCUUAUGUGCUUCCUUAGAGAAGACCUUUCACACCGUUUCUCUAAAACAAAAACAAAAACCUAGUUGUAGUAAGUAAAAACUGUGGUUUUAGGAGAAUAAUUGUGAUUUAUGAAUUCAUUAUGAAACAACUGACUUUGAAAGUUUUUUUUUCAAAAGUUUUUUUCCAUUUUUAUAUAAGUUAACAUUCUAAUAAUUGAAGAUAAAAGGUGGCUAAUAAAUAAGUUUUGAUUCAUUUAGUCAGUAACUCCAUUUUCAUUCUUUAUACUAGCAAAUAUUUUAUUGUUAAAUGUGAAAGAUGAGGUCUUACUCUAUUCUGGGUACAGUUGAAUGAUGUUAAUUUAUUGUUUGAUUUCCUACAGGUGAACUGGCACAGAGGUUGAUCUCAAGAUGCCAUUAGUGAAAAGAAACAUUGAUCCUAGGCACUUGUGCCACACAGCACUGCCUAGAGGCAUUAAGAAUGAACUAGAAUGUGUAACCAAUAUUUCCUUGGCAAAUAUAAUUAGACAACUAAGUAGCCUAAGUAAAUAUGCUGAAGAUAUAUUUGGAGAAUUGUUUAAUGAAGCACAUAGUUUUUCCUUCAGAGUUAACUCAUUACAAGAACGUGUGGACCGUUUAUCUGUUAGUGUUACACAACUUGACCCUAAAGAAGAAGAAUUGUCUUUGCAAGAUAUAACAAUGAGGAAAGCUUUCCGAAGUUCUACAAUUCAAGAUCAGCAGCUUUUUGACCGCAAGACUUUGCCUAUUCCAUUACAGGAGACAUAUGAUGUUUGUGAACAGCCUCCACCUCUCAAUAUACUCACUCCUUAUAGAGAUGAUGGCAAAGAAGGUUUGAAGUUUUAUACCAAUCCUUCAUAUUUCUUUGAUCUAUGGAAAGAAAAAAUGUUGCAAGAUACAGAGGAUAAAAGGAAGGAAAAGAGGAAACAGAAGCAGAAAAAUCUAGAUCGUCCUCAUGAGCCAGAAAAAGUGCCAAGAGCACCUCAUGACAGGCGGAGAGAAUGGCAGAAGCUGGCCCAAGGUCCAGAGCUGGCUGAAGAUGAUGCUAAUCUCUUACAUAAGCAUAUUGAAGUUGCUAAUGGCCCAGCCUCCCAUUUUGAAACAAGACCUCAGACAUAUGUGGACCAUAUGGAUGGAUCUUACUCACUAUCUGCUUUGCCAUUUAGUCAGAUGAGUGAGCUUCUGACUAGAGCUGAGGAAAGAGUCUUAGUGAGACCACAUGAACCUCCUCCACCUCCACCAAUGCAUGGAGCAGGAGAUGCCAAACCCAUACCCACUUGUAUCAGUUCUGCUACAGGUUUGAUAGAAAAUCGCCCUCAGUCACCAGCUACAGGCAGGACACCUGUAUUUGUGAGCCCCACCCCCCCACCUCCUCCACCACCUCUUCCAUCUGCCUUGUCAACUUCUUCAUUAAGAGCUUCAAUGACUUCAACUCCUCCCCCACCCGUCCCUCCCCCACCUCCACCUCCGGCCACUGCUUUGCAAGCUCCAGCAGUACCACCACCUCCAGCUCCUCUUCAGAUUGCCCCUGGAGUUCUUCACCCAGCUCCUCCUCCAAUUGCACCUCCUCUAGUACAGCCCUCUCCACCAGUAGCUAGAGCUGCCCCAGUAUGCGAGACUGUACCAGUUCAUCCACUCCCACAAGGUGAAGUCCAGGGGCUGCCUCCACCCCCACCACCGCCUCCUCUACCUCCACCUGGCAUUCGACCAUCCUCACCUGUCACAGUUGCAGCUCUUACUCAUCCUCCCUCUGGGCUACAUCCAGCUCCAUCUACUGCCCCAGGUCCCCAUGUUCCAUUAAUGCCUCCAUCUCCUCCAUCACAAGUUAUACCUGCUUCUGAGCCAAAGCGUCAUCCAUCAACUCUACCUGUAAUCAGUGAUGCCAGGAGUGUACUUCUGGAAGCAAUACGAAAAGGUAUUCAGCUACGCAAAGUAGAAGAGCAGCGUGAACAGGAAGCUAAACACGAACGCAUUGAAAAUGAUGUUGCCACCAUCCUGUCUCGCCGUAUUGCUGUGGAAUAUAGUGAUUCAGAAGAUGAUUCAGAAUUUGAUGAAGUAGAUUGGUUGGAGUAAGAAAAAUGCAUUGAUAAAUAUUACAAAACUGAAUGCAGACGUCCUUUGUGGUGCUUGUUCUUUGAAAAUGUUUGGUCAUUCCAGUGUUUUGCUUUCUUUUCCUUAUGAUAAAUAACCCUUUUCCUCCAUAAUUUUUGAUUUCUAAGAAAAUAUUAGCAUACAUUUCAAACUAAAUGUUUUACAGUGGCUUAUCUUUUUUAUUUUUUCCCUGAAAAGAUAAUUUGGUCAAAUAAACCACUAAGUAUUAAGCAUGGACAGCCGUUGUUAGAGUAGCAGAUUCAGUUUUUUGAUAUAUCUUAAUUGUGCACUUUGUGAAUUUUAAUUUAAAGAAAGCAACUGAGAUUGAAAUCUUGAGGGCAGCUGUAUCUAUUAAUGAGCCUUAUUCCAUUUCCUGAUGUUUUAAAAGAAGAAACACUGCCUUGAUUAUAUGAAUACACUCAGAAAGUACAUUUAGCUAGUAGUAUUGAAUUCUCUUAAAGGAAUGCUUGAAUUUUUUUUUAAUUAUUGUUUUACCGUUUUUAAAUACUUGCCUUAUUUGAAUGUUUAGCGGUACCCCCCUUCCCACUUAUAUAUUGUGUGGUACGAUUUUGCUUGCCUAUAAGAGUUUAAAAAAUUUCCAUGUGAAAUACUCUGACAUAAACAUACAUGUAACUUACAUUAACUGUUAAGAAUAACAGUCUGAUUUAAUAAAUGGUUCAUUUUAAAGGUU